UUGUCUUUUAGAAUUGUUCAUUCUAAGUGUAGGCUAGCGAAUGUGAUUUAUAUUUCCUUCCUUGGAGAAAUCCCAUGUUUUUGGUACUACAAGAAGCCACACCUUUGGACCGUGGCGCUUGAGGGCGGACCUCGUCGCGUCAACCACGCUGCUGUAGCAAUUGGUGAUAGGAUUUUCUCGUUCGGUGGUUAUUGCAGCGGAGAGACCGUCGAUCCUGACCAAUCUAUUGAUAUCCACAUGUUAGAUACUAGUGAGUUUCUGUCAUAUUUAUUCGAAAGAUUGCCUUACCAGCGUUAUGGACAUACCGUGUGUGCGUACCGAGGUCGAGCCUACUUGUGGGGUGGCCGAAACGAUGACUAUGGCGCCAGUUCAAUACUUCAUGAGUUCGAUCCUGUGUUACUUCGUUGGCGUAUUGUACCUGUGGAAGGCCGAGUACCACCAUCAAGGGACGGCCACUCUGCAGUUGUCGUUGGUGAUCGCAUGUACUUAUUCGGUGGUUUUGAAGAAGAUUUGCAACGAUUCAGUCAGGAAACAUAUGUGUUUGAUUUCCUCACAAAUCGAUGGAGCGAGUUAAACACAUCGGGUCAACCACCUUUAUGGCGCGAUUUCCACACUGCUGUUGCAAUAGACAGCAAAAUGUACAUUUUCGGUGGAAGAAGCGAUCAUACUGGGCAGUUUCAUUCAACUCGUGAUAUGUACGACGAGCGGUUGAAGGCACUAGACUUGCGAACGGGGGAAUGGUCGGAUCCGAUAUGUAGCGGGAUAGGCCCAACAGGCAGAAGAAGCCACUCUGCGUGGACAUACGGAGGAAAGAUGUAUAUUUUCGGUGGUUAUCUUGGAACACAAAACAUGCAUUAUGAUGAUUUAUUCUCAUUCGAUCCAUCCACUAAUCACUGGGAAAAGAUUAAGACAUCUGGACAAAUGCCAUCUGCUCGUCGCCGUCAAUGCACUGUGGUCGUUGAUAGCAGGGUUUUCCUAUUUGGUGGAACAAUGUGGGUAGAUGUUUUAUUGCAAUUAUUAUUUUCACCUUUUGUUAGUCUUACAUCCUUUUGUAAAAAUAUUUUUGUUGCCAUAUGGUUUGUUCCAAGGAAGAUUGGAUUUAUGUGGUGGCAAUCACUGAAAUCCUGUUAA